AUGAAACCAUUCCUGUUACCUUCAACUGCUCCACAGUUUGUUGACAGUCAUCCUUGCUUGAGAGGUCAGCCAAAAUUUCUCCCAUCAAGCAAAUACGAGAUAUUAUUGGAUGCAUCACUUGGGACAGAGAACGAAAAACGAUUGGCUUCUUAUGUCAAACGUCUAGCUAACGCUGGUUUUCCACUUGAUAGAUCGACUAUUCGGUCUCUUGCCUAUCAAUUUGCUGAGAAGCUUGGAAUUCAGCAUACAUUUUCGAAAGAAAAAGAGAAGGCUGGCCAGCAUUGGCUCUUUCUAGAAAGAAACAAAGAUGUCUCUGUUCGUCAAGCAGAAGGUCUACCUGUUGCAAGAGCCCAGGGAAUGAACAGAGAAGUAGGUGCAUUUUUUAAACUACUUGAAGAAGAAAUGGUAAAGCAUGAUUUGACUAACAGACCUGAAAAUAUAUUUAAUGUUGAUGAAACUGGGAUCCAACUUAUAAAUAAACCUGGAAAAAUAUUAACAGCCAAAGGUGCUAAGGACGUUCACGUGAUCACACCUCGAGAAAAAGGAGAAACGAUUUCUCUGGUUGCAUGUUGCAGUGCUGAAGGUCGUUUUCUACCUCCAGUUUUAAUAAUGAAAGGAGUCAAUAAAAAGGCUGAAUUUUCUGAUGGCUUGCCAAAUGGGUCCGUUGACUAUAUGAACAAAAAGUCAUCUUACAUUAAUGCUGUAUUAUUUUUGCGUUGGUUUAAGGAACAUUUUCUACCCAAAAAACCAAAGACAGGUAAAACAAUUUUGAUAUUAGAUGGUCAUACCUCUCAUUCCAAUUCAAUAGAUUUGUUAGAUAUUGCCAAUGAAAAUGAUGUGAUAAUUUUAUGCUUACCAAGUCACACAACACAAGCCCUUUAA